AGUCUCCCCCAUCAUCUUCCCCCUCUCUCUCUCUCUCCCUCUUUUAUGGAAACCCACGCCUUUACUUUCUCUCUCGACUCUCUCUCUUGAAAUCUCUCCCUCAAUCACUGCCUUUUCUUAAGUAUUUCCAAAACCAAAAAAAACCCUUUUCAUCUCUCCCAAAUUCUUGAAACCCCAUCAAAUGCCCGUGUCUUGAAACUCUCCGCACAAAAAUCUCUCCCGUUUUCAAGAACAUGAAGAGUGCUCAAAUGGGCUUUUUUGCGCUCUUGUUUUUUCUCUUUUUUCUUCUCGCUCACUGUCAAGAUGAGGAUGCUUCUGUAAUGCAAGCUUUGAAUGUUGCUUUGAAACCGCCGGGUUGGACUGACGCUGACCCGUGUAACUGGAGCAAAGUUAAGUGUUCUCAAGACAAACGGGUCACUCGGAUUCAACUCGGGUCAUCAAAACUCAAGGGGAUUUUGCCAACUGAUAUGAACAAGCUUACUGCUUUACAAGUGCUCGAGUUGCAGUUGAAUGAAAUCUAUGGGGAUUUACCGAGUUUAUCGGGGUUAAGUUCACUUCAAACUCUUUUAUUACAUGAUAACAAGUUUGAAUCCGUACCUCCUGAUUUUUUUAAUGGCAUGUCUUCUUUACAAGUUGUUGAUAUGGGGUAUAAUACAUUUAGUGCUUGGGAAAUUCCUGCAAGUCUUGCAUCUGUUAGUACACUUCAGACUUUUGCAGCAACUAAUGCUAAUGUCACUGGUAAAAUUCCUGAGUUUUUUAGUAGUGAUACAUUUCCUGGCUUGACUAAUUUGGAACUUGCUUUUAAUUACUUGGAGGGUGGUUUGCCUCGUAAUUUUUCGGGGUCUUCAUUGCAAGUGUUGUGGUUGAAUGGACAGAAAAGUGAGUCUAGAUUGAAUGGUUCUAUUGAUGUUUUACAGAAUAUGACACAGUUGACUCAAGUUUGGUUGCAUUCGAAUUCUUUUUCGGGUCCUUUGCCUGACUUUUCGCGUUUGGGACAGUUGAAAGAUCUGUCCUUGAGGGACAAUGGUUUUACAGGUCCGGUUCCACAGUCGUUAGUUAAUCUUGUGUCACUUGCGCAAGUGAAUUUGACUAAUAAUAUGCUACAGGGUCCAACACCUAAAUUUAAGCCUUCAGUUGCUGUUGAUAUGAAAGAUAAUACUAAUAGGUUUUGUCUGAAUGAUCCGGGUGUUGCUUGUGAUCUGCGGGUAAGUGAAUUGCUUGCUGUUGCCGAAGCUAAUGGUUAUCCAAGUGGUUUUGCAGACAAUUGGAAAGGAAAUGACCCAUGCAAGUCAUGGUUGGGGAUUACUUGCAAUAGUGGUGGGAAUAUUACAAUUGUUAAUUUCCAGAAAAUGGGUCUGACAGGUUAUAUAUCUCCCCAUUUUGCAGCUAUUAGUUCAUUGGAGAAGUUGAUUCUUUCAAAUAAUUAUCUUACAGGUGUUAUCCCGGAUGAGCUAACAAAUUUGAUUAAUCUGAAUCUGAUAGAUGUUACGAACAAUCAGCUUCAUGGUAAAAUUCCAUCAUUUAAGGCUAAUGUCAUUAUAAAGACAGAAGGUAAUGUAAAUAUGGGGAAGGAUAGUGGCCCGGGUCCUUCAUCAUCUACCCCAGGAGAUGAUGGUUCAUCACCGGGCAGUGUUCAUCGAAGCGGUGGUAAAAAAUCUUCGACUGGGGUUGUUGUGGGUUCUGUUGUGGGUGCUUUUGCAGUUCUUGGUGCAGGGCUAGUUGUUUUCUGUCUUUACAGAGCCAAACGUAAGCGUUCAGGUAGAGUGCAGUCUCCCAAUGCUAUGGUUAUUCAUCCCCGGCUUUCUGGAUCAGACAAUGAUGCUGUUAAGAUCACAGUCACUGGGUCAAGUAUCGACGGUGGGGCCACAAGUGAAACUUUAAGUCUUAGAAGUAGUGGACCUAGUGACAUGCAUAUUGUAGAAGCUGGAAACAUGGUCAUUUCCAUACAAGUUUUGAGAAAUGUUACUAACAAUUUUAGCCAAAACAAUAUAUUAGGGAAAGGCGGUUUUGGAACUGUAUACAAAGGUGAAUUACAUGAUGGAACGAAGAUUGCUGUCAAGAGGAUGGAGUCUGGAGUGAUGAGUGAGAAGGGUUUGGAUGAAUUCAAGUCCGAGAUUGCUGUUCUUACAAAAGUUCGACAUAGACAUUUGGUUGCGCUUCUAGGAUAUUGCUUAGAUGGAAAUGAGAGGUUGCUUGUCUUUGAAUACAUGCCCCAAGGCACACUUAGUAGGCAUCUCUUUAACUGGAAGGAUGAAGGUCUGAAACCUCUUGAAUGGACAAAGAGGCUGAUCAUUGCUUUGGAUGUCGCAAGAGGUGUUGAAUAUCUACAUGGUUUGGCUCAGCAAAGUUUUAUACACAGGGAUCUUAAACCCUCCAAUAUUCUCCUUGGAGAUGAUAUGCGAGCUAAAGUUGCAGAUUUUGGACUUGUUCGUCUGGCUCCGGACGGAAAAGCUUCACUAGUGACUAGAUUGGCUGGUACAUUUGGAUAUCUAGCUCCAGAGUAUGCAGUGACGGGUCGGGUAACUACGAAGAUUGAUGUCUUCAGCUUUGGAGUGAUUUUGAUGGAACUCAUCACUGGAAGAAAAGCACUAGACGAGACCCAACAGGAGGAGAGUGUACACCUUGUCCAGUGGUUCCGUAGAAUGCACAUUAAUAAGGAAACAUUCCGAAAGGCCAUUGAUCCAACAAUUGAUCUUGAUGAGGAAUCCCUUGCCAGUGUAAGCACAAUCGCAGAGUUGGCUGGCCACUGCUGUGCAAGAGAACCCCACCAAAGGCCUGACAUGGGCCAUGCUGUAAAUGUUCUUUCAUCACUCGCUGAACUCUGGAAACCAGCGGACCCUGAUCCUGAUGACAUAUAUGGAAUCGAUCUUGAUAUGACCUUGCCGCAGGCAGUUAAAAAAUGGCAGGCUCUUGAGGGAAUUAGCGGUGUUGAUUGUUCUUCUACAUCUCUUAUAGGCAGUGGUGAUAAUACCCAAACAAGCAUCCCAACAAGGCCUACAGGAUUUGCUGAUUCAUUUACUUCGGCUGAUGGAAGGUGAAACUUUUAGAGUACUUGAAAACUAAGAAGUAGAGUUUUUAUUGAUUUAGUGUCAGUAGAGGUUUGGUUUGGUCAUUCUUUCCGCGUACUUCUUUUCCUGUGUGUUUCGUCUACAUUUCGCUUUUACUUAUCUAGGGUGUUGGGACUUGUAGUUUUGUUAGUGUUUGUUUUGGUAAUUUGGAAAUGCAAAUAGAUAAAGGUUACCCAGUAAAUGUGAAUUUUCUUUUA